AUGUCGCGGGGCCAGUUGCUCGCCACGGAUCCGUUCCUGACGGCCACGGGGCUGCCCCUGUCCGUCGGGUUGCUCCUCUCGCCUCCCACUGUACCUUCCGUAUGGUAUGACUCUUCCUCGCACACCUUCUGCGCGGCCGCCGUCUUCUUCGCCUCGGAGCGGCGGCACGCGAACGCCGGGGCCCUGAAGCUCUUCGGCGGCCCCAUCUCGGGCGCAGUCUCGCACGGCUGCGAGGGCCCACGCGGCCUGUCCCCAGACGCCAUGGGCCCCCCGCCGAAGCUGGGCCACGGCCAGCGGCUCCGGGGGGCGAUGCGCAUCGUCGGGGCGCACUGGAAGACCUCGGCGGAGGAGCCGGGUCGCCGGAGGUCCGAGGGCGCCCCGCGCCCGCAGGGCAUGCGGGAGGCGGCGGGGCAGGGGCCAGCCCUGGAGCCCGCAGGUGGCCGGCUCGCGCGCCCGCCCCUGGCGCGCGCCGGCGCCAGGCAGCGGCUGGUGGCCGGCGUGCGGAGCGACUCGCUCUGGGACGGAGAGACGCCGGAGUUCUGGAACCUGUGCAGGGCCUGCACCUCGAGCCGGAGGGUAUUCUGCUUCACCACGGGGGAGUGUCUGGAUUUGGACAUCGACGCCCCUUCGGACGUGCUCUGGGGCGCGUGCAUGAACCCCCUGCUGAUCCCCGACUCGUGCCGGACCAAGGGCAUCCACCCCCCGGGCACGCCGCGCGAGGUCAUGGAGAACUGGGACCGAGACCUGUGA